UGCUCAUGGCCUUGUAUUAUCAGUGGCGAUGCGAUGAUUGACAAUUGAUACUGCCAUCGAGUACGAAGAACCUAGUAGUGACAAUAUGUGUGGCCGCUAGAUAUUUAAGCCAACAGCACGGCAGCGCUAGGCAUACAUCGCCCGACCCCACGAACCCUGUGUCCCUCGUAGAUCAAGUUAUAUCAUCUAGACUCAUUGCCAAUGUGCUUCAAUUGCCAACCAAAUCAGAAAUGCGAUAACAUGAUAGUAUCCAAAUACCAAGACAAAUACCAAGAAAAAAUGACAGCUCGUCGACGAUUGCGAUGGGAUGACAUCAUCCGCCGUGAGGCCUGUUACGUCAGGCACCACGCUGGUUGGGAGCCUGAGGAAACUGACAUCGCCAUCAACGAUAAAACCCGCCACUCUGGACUGAUGGAAGAAGGAACUUCUACCACGGUGCCUCUAGAGCCUCCACCACUCCCUUAUUCACUGUAUACCAGAAAGAAAUCUAUCGCCAUCUUCUGGACGAUUUUUGUGCUCGAUACACUGGCCCAACCUCUGGUGCUCUACUGGGCCCUCUGGUUCGCCACGGAUCUGUCUCACAAUGUGGUCUUCUCCAUCGUCACUGCGUCCCUCGGGGGUGUCUCCGUCUUCGAAUACCUUUACCGUCUCUAUCACUUGAUCCGAAAAGAUUCAAAGACUCGGCCAUUGAACGCAAGAAAAUCAUGGCUGGAUUUCUUCCAUAUCAAUUUCACAAUCGUCUGGUUGAUUCUGGCAGUUGAGCUCAUUGUUGGUACGGUGCCUGAGGAACCAUAUGUACGCCUUGUCGCAAUGGUCCUUCCCACCGUAAUGUUCUACUUCGGUGGCGUCUACCUUACCCUCGAUAUGCUCCGCAUUUGUGGAUUCAAGGCCCCCUUCCGAAUAUCCUCCACACCCAAGGGCUCUGUGAUGCCCACAGCCCUCUAUGUCCUCAUCGAAGACGUCGUCGCCGUCGACGGAGGCGGCGGCCAGAUCUACCGCCACGCACUGCGCAACCGAUACCUUUCGAGCCCAUACUUCCGAAGCAUGCUCUUCGAAAUGAACAUGUUCUGGGCAGGUGGCUCAAUCGUCUGUGCAGCUGCCAUUACCGCCAUAAUCUUCACGACCUCGGAACCCGUCGCCUACACUCUGGGCUGGUCGCUCCCCUUCGCUUGGGCCGGCGUCUGGACCCUCAUCACCAUCCCCUGGGUGCAAAGCGACCUUCGCCGCGAAAAGAAAGCCUGGAGGGAGAAUCGCGGGCAAGGAGACGUGCCAACAUACACCGAUGUCGUCGGCGCCCCGACGGCCCGGACCCGCCUGGAAUCGGUCCAGGACCACGUCCAGGACCACCUCCCGAGUUUCUUGCCCUGGGGGCGGGAAAAGCAGUCGUCGCCGACUACUCCGUCUGAUGGUCACUCGAACGUGUGAUCGUCUCCUCAGCCUUCUCUUCAAUCAAAUCAAAUUACAAAGCAGGUUAACCAGUUUUAACGGUCGUUAUGCUUGCUAUUAUGAAUGAAUGCAUCUGGCGUUGGGAUGGAACUGUCAAUUCACGGACGCGGGAACAUCGGACAGCGUCUUUCAUCGAUCGAACACAAGCAGAAGCUAUGGCGAGAUGUGUGAUGUAUAUAGAUACCCCAG